CAAAUUGAAGUGUCAAAAUAUACUUAAAUUCUAAUAAUUUUUAUUAAAAAGUUACUUUUCUUCUUUUAUAAAAAGAAAACAUCAUGCAAUUCAAAUUAAAAUUUGAUUCUAGUGUUUGCCGAAUAUGUUUAAAAUCAAAAGGUGUAUAUUCGUUGUUCGAAAAUGAUUCUACAACUAAAGGUUUUUCUUUUGUUACAUUAUUGGAGGCUUCGGAAACAGACAAUUUACCUUCUGGCCUUUGUGAAAAAUGUUACUUAUCACUUCGUAUUUCUAUCCAUCUUAAAAAGCAAGCAAUAGCUACUGAUUCAGAAUUGAGAUCAUAUCUAAAGAAAAUAAAUGAAACAUUCUUAGCUUUGCCAUCUAAAACAAAACUUUCAGUCGACGAUUCAAUAUCUGACAUUAAUGUACAUGAAUUAGCUGCAAUGUAUCCGGACCAAAUCAGUACAAAAAAUACUUCCUCUGAAGUAGUUGAUGAGAAGGAGACAAAAUUGGAUCAACCAUGCGAUGAAAUUAAAGUAAAUUUUGUUGAUGUACACGAUGAUGAGGAAUAUGAUGAUAUAGAAGAAUUAAUGGAUGAAACAAAUGCAAUAGAUUGUGAUGAAAUUCCUACAGACAUAAACAAAUUAAUAAAAUUUAAAAAAUAUGUAGAUUCCGAUGUUCAUAUUCCUAAUUUCAAAAACAAAAACGAGAACAAAAUAAAAACAGAAUAUGAUUCAAAAGAUUCCCAAAAUAGUGACAAUUAUAUAUUGAACACAGAAGAUUCUUUGAAUCUUAAUUUUCAAAACGAUGAUUCUUCUGACUCGGUCAACAAAAAUGAUAACUCUGACACCAAAAAUAAAAACACAAAAUACAGAAAGCGUCGAUAUCUGCCGGAUAUAAUAAAAGUAUCAUCAGUUUUAGGUGAGGGAGAUUUUUCACAAAAAAUGAAGAAAAGAAGAUCAAUGACUGGGGUAAUAAAUGACAUUUUUCAUUGUGGCGAGUGUGAUAAUACAUUUACGACUAAGCUUAACUUAGACCGUCAUAUGGAAAUUCAUUUAAAUCGCCGUAAAGCUUAUAGUUGCGAAACAUGCGGUAAACUUUUUACUCAAUUAAAUAGCGUUCGAGAACAUAUGCUCACUCAUACAGGUGAAAAACCUUUUAAAUGCGAUAUUUGUCAGAAAGCAUUUUCUCGUCGACAAAUUUACAAAAGGCAUCUUUUAACCCACACAAAAAUAAAAAAAUAUGCAUGUAAGCAGUGUGAUCAGAAAUUUACAGUUAAAAGAACUUUGCUUGUGCAUAGAAAUCGAUUUCAUGGGGAAGGAGAUACAAUAGAACAUAAAUGCCAAAUUUGCUAUAAAAGUUAUCGUUCAAAAUACACAUUAAGCGACCAUCUGCAAAAUGUCCACAACAUAACACUGUAACAUGUUACCUAAAUGUUACCAAAAAAGAAUUUUCUAUUUUUUGGGUAUUCAGAUGAACAGUUUCAAAUUUAUAUUUAGCUACUCAAGAGUAAAAUUCGUAUAUUAAGGUAAAAAUAUUGUUAAAUAUUAUAAAAGUAAGUUAUGUUGCAGCAUUAAAAGUGAAAUAUGAUUACUCAAUAAACUCAA